GGUGUGGUGCGGAUCAAACACCUUGCAGUCGGUUCAGAGCCAUUGACAAAAAAGGGGGUCUCUCUCGGAUAUGGUGGAGUAGGCUACAUCGGGGCGGCUUGGAAACCACCUGGUUUGGAAUAACCCGAUGGAAAUUGGAGGACGGGGGCAUUGCGAAGUCCGUCUCGAGGAGGUUUUCAUGGAGCGUUGAGAUUAUGUGGUGGCUUGCCUUAAUGAUGUUUACAUCUCCGGCUUUCCCAUUCAUCGUGUUUAUGUGCAUGGGGUUAUCCGAGGCGGUUCAUUCCUACGAUGCGCUGCCGUUAGUACUAAGGAAAUCUCGUGGAAUCGCAGAAGAGCAUCCAGAUACGAGCGCGAACGAGUUUCCAGGAUACCGGCUCGGUAUUGUCGCAUUGACACCAGCGCCCACGAUCGCGUCCGCCAGAAAACCGAUAAAUGUCGCCGCACCAGCAGCCACCAUUAAACCACCAACAACGGACCCCACCACCACCCCAUCCCUGUCUAAUCCCAGCUACAUGGCCGCGUUUGAUCGGAGGAGGCUCCGCUCUGUUGAAAAGCAGAUGAAAGAAACGCAGAUCUCUGAUAAUAAAGCAGACAGAUCAGGCAUCGUGCCCGAUUUUAGUACAACCUCUGACAAUUCUCAAGAGCUGGUGUGUAACUGCAGCGGUGAAGCAGUGUCGGACCCUGAUGAGUGUGACCGUGAGACGGGUCAGUGUGACUGUAUCCCGGGUUACACGGGGCUGCAGUGUGAAGAGUGUGAGGAAGAUCACUUCGCCAAUGGCACCAUCGACUGCCUGCCCUGUGCAUGUGACUCCUUCGGUGCAGACAGCUCAAGCUGUGACAGUUCAGGUAUGUGUACAUGUAAGAUAGGUGUUUACGGGCCCAAGUGUGACGACUGCCACCCUGGAUUCUUCCACUUCAGCAGCACAGGAUGCCAACCGUGCCGAUGCAACAACCACUCCACCUACUGCCACCCUCAGUCAGGUGUUUGUUUGGACUGUCAGGACAACACUCAGGGCCACAACUGUGAGGAGUGCCUGGUGAACUUUUACCGGCGUCCUGGCGAGGGGUCCGCGGACGGCUGUCUGCCUUGUCCCUGCUCCUCUGAGACCUCCAGCGGCAGCUGCCAUCUCGAUUCCAGUGGACGAACAGUAUGUGACGAAUGUAAGCCUGGCUUCUCUGGCCCGACAUGCGACGUGUGCACAGACGGUUUAUUUAAAUCGGCAGGCGUGUGCGUGUCCUGCGACUGUAAUGGGAACGCAGACCCUCGCUCCAUGCCACAAAUAUGCCACCCUGAGACUGGGCACUGCCACCGCUGCAUCAACCACACAACAGGAGCACACUGUGAGAUCUGCACACGUGGAUACACGGGGGACGCCCGCUAUCACAACUGCACCCUGAGAGCUGUGAGAUUUUCCCCGACUCAAGACAUCAAAACCUCCACAACACAAAUCCCCAAAUCCACAAGUUCCAUUUCUUCUACACCUCCUUCCCGUCUCCUCACUUCCCCCUCCCCCACCACCCACCCAAGCCUACCGACCCUGGAGUCCGGCACGGGGGACUCCGCGGGACACAACAGCACGGCCUCUGCCCUAACAGUAGUGUCCUGGACGCAGUUUAACGUCAUCAUUCUCGCCGUCAUCAUUGUGGUCGUCGUUCUCCUCAUGGGCUUCGUCGGAGGCGUGUAUACGUAUCGUGAGUAUCGCAACCGAAAACUGAAUGCCCCGUUUUGGACCAUUGAGCUGAAGGAGGACAACAUCAGCUUCAGCAGCUACCACGAUAGCAUCCCGCACGCCGAUCCCAAUGGACUACUGGAGGAGGAGCCGUGUGUGGUCGCGGCCAAUGGGCAGUUAGCACUCGCCACCGCCGCCAACAUGUACAAAGCGUGAAGUCAUCGGUACGAUUGUAUCUUCUUUUAAAGUGAGAGUUCAGUCAAAAAUUAACAUUCUGUCAUCAUUUACUCACCCUCAUGUCGUACCAAACCUGUAUGACUUUCUUUUCUUUCUUUCUGUGGAACAUAAAAGAUAUUUUGAAGUACCACUGUCCUUAUACCGAAAGUAGGCGGGGUCCAAAAUAACAUCUAUUAUCUUGUGUUCCACAGAAGAAACGAAGUCAUACAGGUUUGGUACAGCAUGAGAGUGAGUGAAAUAGCAAAUGGCAUUUUUCAGGUGAAUGAUACCGUUAAUUCCGAUGAUAAGUGAAAGAAGAUGGCCUGGGAGCCAAAGCUAACUUAUUUAUUUGAUUCUACACACUACAGUAUUUAGCUCCCCAUUGCUUCUUAAAUGAUAUCAUCAUGCAAGUCCCGUGACAUUUUAGAGAGGACUCAAGGUAAUACAAGACAAGCCAUUAACAAGUUAUUUCGCGGUUGCCCUCAGACACAAAAAUCGAUGAAUUGCGAAUACAUUGCCUCUUAAAUGAGCCUCUAAACUUUGUGUGUUUGGGUGUAAGGAUGCUAAACUUCAGUUGAUAUUUCUACAUACAUGUAAGAGGAUUCCCUUCCACUAUAACAGAGGCAGUUUAAUCAAAACUGCUAUUUGUAUAGGAAACUCAAUAUGUUUUCAGACUGACCCAAUUACACCGAAAUUCACUAUGGCUUUGGGAUUUUCAAUAGAAAACAGAGGAAGUUCAUUCAAUCAGCAAGGAAAUUGCAAUGGAAACAAAGACUGCCAGGUGAAAGCCCUUGAUAUGGAAACCUAU